AUGCCUUAUGAUCCCGUUGGAUGCAUAUACUGCCAACAGCUGAUCGGUUGCCGUAGAUGUGUAAAUCGCUGGUACAAAGCUGCACGUCAAGCCGGAAACAGUGUGGAUUUCCUUGGAGGCCAUCCUCCAUCGAAUCAUAAACAGUGCCCCUUAUGUAGACACGAGUGGCCGGAUCAAGUUGAAGUUACUAGUAUUUUUCUUCUCAAAGAUGAGUAG